AUGAUAAUCGAGCAACAGAAGAAGAUGUUUACUACAAAUGCGCUGAGCUUUAUAGUAAUUAACAAUUUUAGAAACAGUAGCGAAGCGUCCCCGUCUUUGCCACCGUUGGGCGAAACAGCGUGGGACAGAGAUCAUGAUCGUGAUCGAAGCCGGGAGAGGAACCGGGAGCGCGAGAGGGUGCGGGAAAGGAGCGGCGAGAACGAGAGGGAACGUCAACAGGAAAGAGAACCCGCGAUCAGGGAGAGGGAGGCGCGAGACCGGGAAAGGGACGUAUCGGUCUGCAUGAUGGAACCACCCGAGUCUGUCUUCAUUUCCCCUACUGCGGCCCUUCUCGCGUUGCAGAGGAUAAAGGACGCUUCUCUCGUGUUCCACAAACGUCCGGCGCUAGCAGCGGGUAUCGGUUUAGGCGGCAGAGGAAACGCCGGCGUUGGUGGAAACGGUGGCAAUUUAGGUGUCGAUGGUGAAUGCGGUGACGCGCUGAAGAGACGCAAAGUUCACAGAUGCGACGUUGCUGGCUGCGACAAAGUUUACACGAAGAGUUCGCACCUAAAAGCGCACAAGAGGACUCAUACUGGCGAGAAGCCAUAUCAGUGCACGUGGGAAGGUUGCACGUGGAAAUUCGCACGAUCGGACGAGCUGACGCGGCACUAUCGCAAACACACGGGCCAAAAGCCGUUCAAGUGCCAUCUCUGUCAGCGAUCGUUUUCGCGGAGCGACCACUUGUCGCUCCACAUGAAGAGGCACUGAUGGCGAGGACCAUCUAGAGUCGCGCCGAUGUGAGAGAAAGCGCACGCCGAUCUGCGGGAGGAAAUAGAGGAAAGCCGGAGAACGGUCCUCGGUAAUCGGAUAGUGAUCCUGAGCAAUCCUAGACGAGAAACGACGAUAUUUCUUACAUUUGGGACCUGAAGAGCCAUGCCACGUGUCGGCCCGUUUCGAACUUUAGGUCGGACCGACCGGCCGGGCAGGCAGCAACUAGGAAAAAGAGAAAAUAAAUCGAUGAAGCAAACAAAUCGCGUUUAUUAGAUUUAGCGCUUAACCGCGAGCUAAGUAAUCGCGGCGAUCGACUUUGGUCGGCUGAUUCUCUCGGUGCUGUCUCUCGCAAGCCUUUCCGACGGGAUCUCUGCGGAAAAGAAAGGCCACAACUGCGAUAAUUGAGCCGAUGUCGGAGUUACGAUGGUCGAAUAAUUGCGAGGGAAGAUAAUCAAUUGUCAGGUUUUAACAAAGGCGUGUUUCACGACUUUGAG